AUGACGCCUGCUCGCCCAAAGAUCCCAGGUGGUCUCCAGGAAGCUCCGAUGAGCCCAGCCACCCCGAUGGAUGAUCACCAGGCGAGUGAUCGGGUGCAGAUCCACGAGACAGCUGGCAUAACCUCUGCUCAAUCGAAAACAACCGAGGGAUCACCAACUGGAUCUUAUUCCCUGGCUACUUCCGUCUCUGACAACAGGCCCCGUGGCCCUGUUCUGUCUAUUGAGAAAGCUAAUACGAGACCAUAUCCCGCUCAACCAACAACACCCCACAGAACACAGACCGAACCUACCUUUCUGGCUUCUUCUAUUACUUACAAUCGGAAUCCUGGCCCUCCACGGGAAGUCGAAAUGAAGCCAUCAACCCCGUCGACCCUACGGACGGCCGAAAUGCCCCAUGCUACACCGUCCCCGGUGAGUGGAUCCUCGCAGGCCAUUGGAAGUCCUUUCGCCCGUGAAUCUAGCGGAAGCUCGACCCCUAUGUUGAGCCCAGAAAUACCUAACUUUUCUCGUCCAUUCCGAACUUCAACCAGUAGACCCUCACCUGCCCUAGGGAGCCCUUUUGCACAUGAUCCUCUCGGUGCACCAUUCCCAUCGACCCUGGGGCCACAAGUCUCUCGGACAUCCACGCCUCCCUUGAGGGGCGCCAAUGACCUCAGAAAUGCCUUCUCUCCUGGUCCCACCGGAAAUUUACCUUCUCUGUCGACACUAAAGACGUCCGAUGAGCGUGAGUUUUCAGUCCCCGGGGACGGCUCCCCUGUCUCCCGGAAAAGCCGUGCGAGUGGCUUCAGACAGAACCUUUCCCGUAUUUUGAGCAGGGAUUAA